CGCUCUAGCCGCCCCGGAGCAUGCGAGCCAAUGAGGGACGCUCUAGCCGCCGCGUAGACGCCCGGGGACGCUCUAGCCGCCGCGGAGCAUGCGAGCCGAGGAGGAGCGCUCUAGCCGCCGCCGGGCAUGGUCGCGGGAAGGGACGCUCUAUCCGUUCGGUGCUGGCGUCCCCUCGUUUCCCGCGAUCCCCGGCGGCGAACCGCGCAGGCGCAGUAGCGUCCACGGCGGCGGCCUCUGCCCGGGUCCUCGCAAUGCCCGCGAUUCGCACAGCGGCGGGGCCUGGACGCCGCCCCGCGCUCCCUGCACACGUCCACCGGGAACGGCCCCCGGGCCUCCCGCUGGCCGCUGCCGACAAAAUGGCGCCAGGCGCUCCCUGCUGCAGGACUUUCGGAGCUCCCGGCCCACCUGGGCCCAUGGCGCGGCCAGGGGCGGCCGGGAGGGCCUCCGGCGCCCCCCACGGCAGUGUCCCAGCCCGGGGCCAGCAUGGCCGGGCCUCUUGGGAGGAGGGGCGGGGUCCAUCCGCCCCCCGCAGCCUCGCCGCCGGGACACGAGGGGGCCGGCCCCGCUGGGGGCCGCGGCUCUGUCGGUUUCUUUUGCAAACACCCUGUCGCGUGUCCCCUCCUGUAAACCCGCAGGCUCCGGGUUGAGGAAAACGUUUUCUGUUCCUCCAUCUGUGGAUGCCUGGAAAACGUGUGGAGUGAGGGGCCGGCCGUGCUGCACUCCGUGGACAUCGCUGUGCCCUCGGCGGGGCCCAGGCCGGCCGGGCACCUUCCGGCAGCGGCUCAGCACUGGCCGAGGGCUGUGAUAAAAGGGCUCGGAGCCUGGGAGGAAAGGCCGGCCCUUCAGCCGGAGAGGAGAAUCGAGGCUUGGCUCCUGCGGCCUGGCUGCCCGCCCCCUCUGCUCUCACCCCCUUAGACAAUGCCUUCCUCUCCGCCCAGCUCCCAAGCACACAGAUUUGUGGGGUCCGGAGAGACCAGCACAUCCUGUCCUUUCCUCCAACAGCUCAGACCCUUCAGCUUUUGUUUUCCAGUCUCCUCUGCCAGCCCCUGCAGAGUUGCUGGCAAAGGACACUGUGACGUUUCUGGGCCUUUGGGUUCUAUAGAAGCAGCAAGACAAGAGGCCUCUCUCUUCCCAGCUAAAGUCUCAGAUGCCACAGCUGCCUCCUUUUCUGAGAAGAACCGGGGCUGGAGCACCCCUGACUCAAGGUCAAAAGCAGCCAUGCGGUCAGCAAGGGCAGCGUUUGACCAAGCUCGCGUGGCCUCUCCACACCUGCUUCUCUUGCCCUGAAAUUUCCAGUCCUUCCCUUUGCAGAGGAGCGACCGGGGAGCUCACCGAGGCCGGGGCAAGUGAGGCCUGCACGUUCGUCUACUCGGGGCACUGGAUGAGAGAUGGCAGCUUAGAAGCAGAAAAGCCAAGAUACGUAAAGCCUCCACCCUCGGCUAUGGAGGGCACCGGCCGCCUCCCUGCAGCGGGCUCUGCAGAGCCCACAUGAUGUGACGCAGCCUCGGGCAGGCCAGGGCGGUGGCCCCCUCUGAGCAGGUGACACUCCCUACCCUGGGGACCCAGCCUCAGACAGUGAUGCGGGUGGAGCCUGGGGGCCAGGAGGCUGCAGGCCAAGGAUGGAGACGAAGGGAGGCUCCAGGGAAGGGGGCUGGAGGUGUCUGGGACACGGGUGGGGCUGCCGCUCAUGGAGAAGGGACACUACGCGGCAGCGCAGGGGGCGCGAGGUGAGCUGGGGUGGAGGCCGUUCCUUGGCCGUAGUGUUACACCGGGAGCGCCCAGGCGGGAUCAGUCGAACGAGAUGAGCUGGGCUUCGGGGCCCUGUGCCGGCGGCCCCUGGGCAGGUGGUGGGGCCACGGGGGGCGGCUGCUGGGGGGGGGCCCCCAGAGGGCGCCAUCUGCGUGGAGGGAACCAGGCAGGGGAGCACGCGGCCCCCACCUUCAUGCCUCCCUGCCCGGCCAGAUUCCAGGGCCUUCAGGGCCCCACCUGGCACCUGAGGACCCCCAACCUGCUCCUUCCAGCUCAGGUCCCCCGUCCUCUCUCCGCACCUGGCAGAGCACCUGCAGCUGGGACAUGCUGGAUGCCGACUGACCUGAACUGAGGCCUCGGGCUUCCUUCUCACCGUGAGAUCCCCGGAUGCGGUGCACACACAGCUGUGCGUGCUCUGCCUGCCUGCACUCUGCUCCCCAGGGCGACUCGCCUCUGGGGAGGCCAUGAGGGCCAGUCACACUCCCUCCCAUCUGCUGGCUCAUGCGACGGGGGAGCUAGGCCCUGCUGUGCCCACAGCCUGUGAGCAUGGGGACGCGCAGAGGCUUACCUGCUGGUACAUGGGCUGCUGCCCUGAGAUGUAGGGCUGCUGGGGGGGCAGGGGCGUGUCCUGGCUGGGGAGGGUGCUCAUGAGAUUCUGUGGAGAGCGAAACAAAGCCCACCCUGAGGAGAAGGCGCCGACCAGACGGGGUCGUUUCUGAUCGGGCCGGUGGAGCAGUGACAGGAGCCCAGGGCCGGCGGCCUCACGGGAGCCCGUCGUCUCACCUGCAUGCUGUAGGGCUGGUAGCCCAUGGAGACCGGCUGGCUGCCCACAUAGGCCAUGGUCCCCGACUGCGGCGGCUGGGAGAUGGGCGGGAGGCUCUGCGGGGGCUGUGCAGUGACGCUCUACGGGGGGCAGGGGUAAUGAGGGAGGAGCUUGCCCACUCCCAUCCCAAGCCUGGCUCUACCCGGCAGGUGGGAGUGGUGACACCUACUUACCUGAUAGCCCUGGGUGGGGGUGGGCUGGUAGGACGAGUAGGCUGGGCUGGCAGUGGGUCCCGCCUGGGCCUGGGGCACUGCCUGCCCACCAGGGGCUCCUGCCGGGUACACGUAGGCGGCCACCAGGCUGGGAUCUGUGUGCAAGGAGGCAGGUGAGACGGAGGACCUGGGUACGGGAGACGGGGAUGGUAGGGACGGGGCGCUCCGCUGAUGGUGGCCUCUCUGUAGGGUUGUGACUUUUAGAACCAAGUUAAGCAUCUUUUUACUGUGGCCUGUGUACUCUCGGAGCGAGCAGUAAAUGUGCUGAGGAUAAUGAGAGGCAGAGAGUUACACGUGUGGAAAGGGGAAGGGAACGCUGCACCACAGGGGCCGGAGCUGGAGGUAUCAGAGUAAGCGCAGCUUGUAACACAGGUGAGGGCGUGUACAUGUCUCACACACACGUGCAUUUGCCAACUGCCUGCUGGGAGGACCUAGAAUCAGUGCACACACCGAGAACCCAACCAUCUUGAACACCAGUCUCCACCACAAGGAGCCAGGGCUCCUUGGAGAAAUGCUGGCUCCAAGGCCAGGGAAGCCCAAGGCGAACAUACAACAGCUGCAAACACAUUUAAGUGACGAGAACACAUCAAAAGGUCACCGGGGCCAGCUGAGGGGCCCCCAGAGGCCAAUGCAGAACAGCCCAAAAAGCAAAGAAAUAGCAGCAGGGAAGGACUGCGGCCUUGGAGUAAGUGAGAGCCUGUGAGUCCACACAGCUACGGAUGACAAACAGCUAAAGCAGGAGGAGGAGGAGGAGUUGGGACCUUCCUCACAGCAGAAAGAAGCUAACCCACAGGAAGAACGGCGGUUAGGAAGUCACUGCUGGGCUCUGAGGACACUGGGACCCCCUGCAUCAUCUCAGGGGGGUCUCCCCAUAAGCAGGGGGAGCAAGUGCUGCCUAUGCCAAGGCUCGGCCCUCUGGUGACCCCACCCCUGGGGAGCACAGCACUGCUUCCGGGGCAUUCUGGACCAUGCACAGGCCCGGACACCCUCAGCAGACAACAGCAGGCGAGCCCCACUGGGGGGGCUGGAGACACUGAGGGACCAAGGGGGACUGGGCAGGACAUGGCCAGGGCACCCGGCUCAGGAGAGGGUGUGCCUGCCUGGGUGUGAGCAUGGAGGGGCCCUAUAGUUCACAUUUGUGGGAGCUACAACCUUCUUCUUAUCGCUCUUAAGCUUUUGUAAAUGUAAAACUAUGUCAGAAGUAAAGAUUUCUUUCUACUUGUUAAA